AUGAGCAUCGCUUCAAGAUGCCGCCAUCCUUGUCUGCUGCAGUUCAUUGGAGCAACAAACGAUGAAGGAAGUCCUCUCUUUGUCACAGAGCUCAUGGAAUCGAGUUUACGAAAAUUGCUGGAGCAGCGAUCUCUGUCUACAACUGAAGUAGCUGUCAUCUCUUUGGAUGUGGCUCGAGCAUUAAAUUACCUGCACCAAAAGAAACCACUUCCUAUUAUCCACCGCGAUAUCAGCAGCGCCAAUGUGUUGCUAUGGCGACAAGCGGACCAAUGGCGAGGCAAAGUGUCGGAUUAUGGUGCUGCUAAUAUUAUGCAGCAUACCAUGUCACUUUGUCCAGGUGCUGCAGUAUACAGUGCUCCUGAAGCGUUUACUAAAAAUCAAACUGUGAAGGUAUGUUGUGUCAAUCAUUAGUUUGUAUUUGUUAUUUUUUUUUUUAACUUUUGGCAACUCACGUAGCAUAUAUUAUCCCUACGAGAUACCCAAGGAAAAUCGUCAUGAUUAUAUUUGUCAAUCGGAUGCUUGACUACCUCUGAGCCAUAUGAAAAUUGUGGCAGGCUAAGUCAUGUACUAAACAGUCUAGACAAAAAGAAUAAACAGAAUAUUGGACUACUGAUUUCGGGGAAAGGUGAAAUAUUUUAGUGGUCGAGUUUGGUCGUCGAGUGACGGGUAGAAUAAAGAAAAAUGUUUUAUAAAAGAUUCUUUAGUGGCUUCAUAAAAAGCUGAGUCCUUGGAAGGAAUAAAACAUAUGUCUUAUUUAAAUUAUCGCCUUUGAAAGUGUCAUAAUGUGUACAAAGACGUCAAAUAAUUUAUAAGUUGAUGAGUAAUGAAGUGGAGCUAUAGUGUUGUUACCCUGAAUAUACAUAUUUUAAAUAAUAAUCGUUCAUUUCUUUGCCUUCAGGUCGAUGUGUACAGUUUUGGAGUUCUCCUCUGUGAGAUGAGCAUUAGGGAACUGCCAGAUCCUGACAGGCGUGAAGAGCAAGUCGCCAUGGUAACAGAGCGCAUGUUUCGAGCUCUCAUCCGGAGAUGUUUGCAACAAAAUCCUCAAGAGAGACCUACUAUGGAACACAUCAUUGGUGAACUAGAAAAACUAGUUUAA